GGGUGUUCCAGCUAAUGACAAAGUCCGAGUGUUACUUCAUCAACGGCACCGAGCGGGUGAGGCUCGUGAAGAGGUACAUCUACAACCGGGAGCAGUAUGCCCGCCUCGAGAUCGAUUUGGGGACCUAUGUGGAGGACACCCUGUUUGGGGAGAAGGUUGCCAGGGAAUGGAACCACCUCCCGGAAUGGCGGGAGCUCAAAUGGUCUGAGAUGGAAAGGUUCUGCCGGCACAACUACGAGUUGUCCACCCCGUUCCUGGUCAACCGCAGAGAGAUGCCACCGGACACCGUCCGCAGCAAGAUCCUGGUGGGGGUCGGGGGCUUCGUCUUGGGCUUGGUCUUCCUGGCGCUGGGGCUCGGCUUCUACCUGCGGGAGAAGAGCUCCUGA